AUGGUCGAGCGCUUUAUUGCGGCGUCCAACCGGCUCCGCUGGACGAGCUUUCUCGCUUCGACGACGUCGCCGCUUUGGAACAACAGGCUCUGUCGCCGCCCUUGCGAGGCCUUGUCCAGCAGGCCCUCACUUCGACCCGCACUCUCUGCCCUGCGACUGCUGCUCAGCGGAGGGCGAAACGGGGCCCAGUCUUCACGACACCUGCACAGCGUACUGAUUAUGCGCCAAGUUCGGCGACCACGUCAGCAUCACGGCCUGAAGGUCCGGGGGAGGGGGAAGCCCCGGAAACGGCCGGUUCCGAAGGAGAAGGAGGAGGACGGAAAACGGAACGGGGGAGAGAGCGAGGCUGCGCGCCCCCCUGACGGAAGAAGAGAGGGCGACGCUACAAGCUUGCUUCUUUCAAGCCACGGCGGAGCUGCAGUUUCUUGGGCUCAUAAGGCCCUCCCCGCGGAGAUCUGA